CGCGGUUUUUCGGGCGCGCUGGGGGGUGGAAAUUAUUUGCGCAUAGCCCGUACAAAUUUUGGUGCCAACGAAAAAAAAUUCACCGACCACAAUGCUUUUAGCUUGACUGCGACCACCCAGCGCUUUAGAGCGACGGCUAGUAUGGCGGCUAUCGACAGUAAGAAGAACACCUUCUGGAAGAAGGGCGGCAGCGGGACCAAGAUACCCGGCAGGCCUCAGCAGGUGUACGGAGCGUCAGGUGCCGCGGCAGACCACAUGGCACACUCUAAACUAUUUGGUCCUCCAGUAGUCAUGAGGAAAAGUGAGGCUGGCUCUUCGGAGGUUCAAGCCGAGGUGGGUGGAGCUGGGGGCGGAGCCACGGGGCCUCUGGUUGCCGGGCGUUCCCGAAGCAAGACAUUUGAAGAGUACGAGAGAGAUACGACAGACGCGUGGGACGAUAGGGAGGAAAGAGAGGACAUGUCGAGACUGUCUGUACCGGCAGAGCUGGAGAACGAACUGAAACAGCAGCAGCUGAAGGAGACUUGUUCUGACUCGGCACCUGCCCCUCCUCGCAGGAGAGAGGGGAGGGGGAAAGGAGAUAUAAAGAGUUUCUUCACGGACGUGGUACUGCCGCGGACAGCGGGGUCCCCAUCCCUCAGAACCAAGAGAACAGGGAGCACAGGUAGCGGGAAGGGAGGAGGGAGCAGGUCACGCUCUGGCUCUGAGAGGAAUGUUCCCUCUCCUGAGCAGAGGGAUUCAGAUCCGAUGGAUAUAUUUGAUCCCCCCGACCGCGAAACUAUGAGGCUACAGAAGUUUGGAAAGCUCCUUGCUGGACCCAACACAGACCUCGACGAGGUUCGUAAGCUGAGUUGGUCAGGUAUCCCACCACCAGUGAGGGCCACCACCUGGCAACUGCUGUGUGGUUAUCUACCAGCCAACAUUGACAGAAGGGAAGACACACUUAAGAGAAAGCGCCUGGAGUACAAGAACUCCAUAGACCAGUACUACCACAUGCGAUCUGACACUUUACACAGGGACACAUUCAGACAAAUCCACAUCGAUGUGCCCAGGAUGAACCCCGAUGUUCCUCUCUUUCAACAACAGAUGGUUCAGGAGAGUUUCGAGAGGAUUCUGUUCAUCUGGUCCAUGAGGCACCCGGCCAGCGGCUACGUUCAGGGAAUCAACGACCUCGUGACCCCGUUCUUUGUCGUCUUCCUCUCCUACUACAUCUCCGGAGACAAGAAUCCAGAGAACUACAAUUUCUCCCAGCUGUCUCCCCAGACUCUGCAGUGGAUCGAGGCAGACAGCUUCUGGUGUCUCCAGCAUCUUAUGGAGGGAAUACAGGACAACUACACCCUCGCCCAGCCCGGCGUGCAGGCCAAGAUCAUCGCCCUCAAGGACCUCAUACAGAGAAUCGACGCUCCAUUAGAUGCCCACCUGGCUAGAAACGCUGUGGAGUACAUUCAGUUCUCGUUUCGGUGGAUGAAUAACCUGCUAAUGAGGGAGUUUCCCCUGCGGUGUGUCAUCAGACUGUGGGACUCUUACCUGUCAGAAAACAAUGGAUUCGCUUCGUUCCACGUCUACGUGUGUGCGGCACUCUUGGCCAGAUUCUCUAAGAGCAUUCUCAAGAGAAAAGACUUCCAGGAGAUCAUGUUGUUUAUCCAGAACCUCCCGACCACCAAGUGGAAGGACGGGGAGGUGGAGAUACUGCUGGCCGAGGCGUACAAGCUAAAGUUCAUGUUUGCCGAUGCACCUGGUCACCUCACCACUGCUAGGAGAACUUAGUGUCUCUGUGUCCUUGUUGUGUGGAUUGUGCUUCACUUGUUGGUGUGUGUUUUAUACGUACGUGUGUGUAUGUAGACGAUUUUUUUUUCUAAUUGUGCGAAAAUGGGAGACGAGAGUAAAAUUGAACGAUCAUAACCCACGUGGCCCCUCUGGCUCCGAUCCCUGCGCCUAGCCUGGAUUCUUAGAGAUCGGAGAGAGAGAGACAAGCUGUUGUACCAGGUCCAGUAUGUCCUACUGCAAGCGAGAAGGUGAACACAGGUCGGUGUUUUUGACGGAGGAAGACCUGGCCAAGCCGGAGACGCUUGGUUCCCUGGUGGCAGAGGAGGAGGAGGACGAGGAGUUUGGAGUCAUUCUUCCUAACGGGGAGAUAAACUGGGAGUGUCCGUGUCUGGGAGGGAUGCCCCAGGGACCGUGCGGGCAGGAGUUCAAGGACGCCUUCUCCUGCUUCCACUACAGUACUGCGGAAGAGAAAGGGAGCGACUGUAUUGACAAGUUCAGAGCGAUGCAAGAGUGCUUCCAGAAGUACCCGGACCUGUACAAAGACUAUGAGGAAGAUAGCGAGGAGACGACAAAGACAGAGGAAGAAGGAAAGGGAGAGAAGAUGGGUGCGGAGGGAGAGGAGAAGGGUUCAGAACAGUCUAGUGGUGGCGACGGUGGGAGUAGAGUGUUGACUAGUAGCUCAGUUCCUGGUUCGUGAGAUUUGUUGCAUUAGUCUAUGUUUGUGCUUUCCAGAGAUAUUAUAUCAUAGCAAUAUCACUUUGAAAGUUUUGUUUUUGGAAGCUGUGCUAUUAUAAUGCAUGGGGUUGGAAGCAGACAGUAAAGCCUGAUGUGACUUUAA